AUGGCCGAUGUGUCGCUGAAGAGGCCUCACCCGGAGGAUGAAGAACUGAACGCACAGAAGAGAACGCGAUCCAACAAUGGCUCUCCGAUGCCUGGCAACACUGGAGCCGCGCCAAAGAGCAAAGUUGAUAUCGAGCGCAUGGUCGCGGAGGCCAGAGCCAAAGCUGAGGAGGUCAGAGCCAGACUGAAUAUGGCGCGUGGUGGUGCAGCAUCAGCAUCAGCAUCACCUAGCCCAGCACCUCCUGCAACAAGUACCGGAUCAGCCAUGUCUCGUAUCGAACAGAUGAGAGCAAGGGUGGCUGCAGCUACAGGGAAAGUCGGUUCUACCCCGACACAGAGACCGACCCCGACUCCAGCGCCUCCCGCGUCCGUCGAACAACCCGCAAAUCGCUUUGACGAUGAUUUGUCCAAGGCACGAGGCGGCUUGGGAGUCGGUCUUCAUCCCGCACUUCUGGCCGAUACAGCCCAAGACCAGCGACUUUCUAAAGGCCGUGGUGCCGCCCAACCUAAGUUUGCAACGACCAUGGCAAAUCGCCGCUCAGCAACUCCAGUCUCAGGAAAGAAGCUAGAUCUGUCCGGGCCUUCCUUGGACGAGAUAAGACAAAAUCCUUAUUAUGAUGACAGUCUUCAUGCUACGUCAAAGCCUCGUCUAUCCAAGCAACUUGUGUUCAAUCAAAAGGGGAAAUACAUUGCACAGGCCGCGGCUUUACGGCGUCAGGCGCAAAUGGAGGAAAUGAAAAAGCGAAUCGCAAGCAUGGCCCGCCAGGCCGGUGUAGAUGAAGAAUUAAGCCUUGAAAAAGCCUUUGAGGUUCCUGCGCCUCCAGCUCUAGAGUGGUGGGACGAAGGCUUAGUCAAUGGGGAUAGCUACGCGGCAGUUGAUGAUCCUAAGAAUAUCAAAGUCGACACCGACGAUUCACUUGUCACUAUUUACAUUCAACAUCCUGUCCUGUUGGAUCCGCCUCAAGAAAAGUUGGUCCCGCAACAGAAGCCUAUGUAUCUGACGUCAAAGGAACAAGCGAAAUUGCGACGACAGCGCCGUAUGGCAGAUUUAAAGGAACAGCAAGCGAAGAUCAGACUGGGUCUCGAACCCGCACCACCACCAAAAGUCAAGAAGUCCAACCUGAUGCGAGUACUCGGAGAAGAAGCCGUGAAGGAUCCGACAGCUGUAGAGGCCCGCGUCAACCGCGAAAUCGCAGAGCGUCGCGAGAAACAUGAAGUAGCCAACGAGGAACGCAAACUCACAAAGGAGCAGAGAAAAGAGAAACUCGCUCUUCAGCAGGAAAAGGACGCCGAGAAAGGUAUACACGUAUUGGUAUUCAAAAUCGACUGCCUUGCGAAUGGACGUCACCGGUUCAAAAUCAGCAAAAACGCUGAGCAAAUGGCACUCACAGGCGUGUGCGUGAUGCAUCCAAAACUCAACCUGGUUAUCGUGGAGGGCGGCUCCCACUCGAUAAACCAAUACAAAAAGCUAAUGCUCAACCGCAUCGACUGGACAGAGAACUCCGGUCCCGGUCCGCAACGCGAAGGGGCAAACGAAAAUCGCGAGUCAUCGACAUCAUGGCUCAAUCCCGAGGACGAAAAGGGUGAACUUCGCGACCUAGGCUCUAAUACCUGCACACUCCUGUGGGAAGGACAGCAGAAAUCGAGAGCUUUUAGGAAGUGGUUGGGCGCUCGGGUUUGUGAGACUGAUGGUGCCGCGAAGGAGACUCUGGCGCGGGCUAAGAUGGAGAAUUUCUGGGUGUUAGCGAAGACUUAUAAACCUGCAGCGUUUUAA